CGUUUUAUCAAACUUAUAACUCGCUUUUAUUGUUCAUGCUAUUUAUAGGUCUAACGCCAUUUGUGACACUCUUUCAUUGGGACCUUCCCCAAACUUUAGAAGACGAAUAUGGUGGUUUCUUAAGCCCUCAUAUUGUCAAUCAUUUUCAAGAUUACGCAGAACUUUGUUAUAAGGAAUUUGGUGAUCGAGUAAAGCAUUGGAGCACACUGAAUGAGCCAUAUACCUUUAGUAACUUUGGUUAUGCAAUCGGGUCUCAUGCGCCGGGACGAUGCUCCACUUGGCAGCAGCUAAACUGCACCGGGGGAGAUUCAUCUACUGAACCAUAUUUGGUAACACACCACCUGCUCCUUGCUCAUACAGCUGCCGUAAAAUUGUACAAAAAUAAAUACCAGGCAUCUCAAAAUGGAGUGAUAGGGAUAACACUGGUGUCACAUUGGUUUGAGCCCCUAUCAGAAGAAAAAGAAAAUAAAAAUGCAGCAUUACGAGCUUUGGAUUUUAUGUUCGGAUGGUUUGUUGAGCCAUUGACAAGCGGUGACUAUCCUCAAAACAUGCGAUCUCUUGUUGGAAGCCGAUUACCAAAAUUCACGAAAGAACAAUCCAAGUUGCUAAUUGGUUCAUUUGAUUUUCUUGGACUAAACUAUUAUGCUGGUUACUAUGCAAGCAAUGCACCUCAAAAUAACUCUGUAUACGCAAGCUACACAACAGAUGCUGGAGUUAAUCUUUCAUCUGAGCGUAACGGGGUCCCCAUCGGUUCAAAGGGUGCUUCGGAAUGGCUAAAUGUUUAUCCACAAGGAAUUCAAGAUCUUUUACUCUACACAAAGAAAAAGUAUCACAAUCCAGUCAUUUACAUCACUGAAAAUGGGGUGGAUGAGUUCAAUGAUCCGAAAUUAUCACUUGCCGAAGCCCUUAAUGAUACCCAUAGAAUUGACUACUACAAUCGCCACCUUCAUUAUGUUCAAAGUUCUAUUGA